AUGUCACUCAUCAAUAAGCUAGUGUUUCUUCUGCUACUCUGCCUGCCUGUACUAGUGGUUUCCUUAAACCCUGUUUUCAACGACGACGUUUUGGGGCUGAUCGUGUUCAAGGCCGGGUUGCUGGACCCGGAGGCCAAGCUCAGUUCGUGGAACGAAGAGGAUGACACUCCUUGUCAUUGGGUCGGUGUCAAAUGCGAUGUGAGAAGUAACAGAGUCUCUGAGCUUGCUCUGGAUGGGUUUGGUCUAUCCGGGCAUGUGAACCGUGGCCUUUUGAGGCUGCAGGUCAUUCAAAGACUCUCACUUUCUAAUAACAACUUCACUGGGUCUAUAAACCCUGAUCUGGCUCACAUUGGGACUUUGCAAGUCAUUGAUUUGAGCCAGAAUAGCCUUUCCGGGUCGAUCCCUGAUGAGUUUUUUCAACAAUGUGGGUCACUGAGAGUUGUUUCGUUUGCAAAGAACAAGCUAUCUGGGAGAAUUCCGGAGUCUUUGAGCUUCUGCUCAGCUUUGGUGGCGGUGAACUUCUCGUCGAAUCAGCUUUCCGGGAGUUUACCAUCCGGGAUAUGGUAUUUGAGGGGGCUUCAGGAGCUGGACUUGUCAGGGAACUUGCUGGAGGGUGAAGUUCAUGAAGGUAUUGGUUAUUUGUAUGAUUUGAGAGUAGUUAACUUGGGGAAGAAUCGGUUUUCGGGGUGGCUUCCCGGGGAUGUUGGAGGCUGUUCUCAUUUGAAGUUGCUUGAUUUUAGUGAUAAUUUGUUUUCUGGGGGGAUUCCUGAGUCGAUUAAGAGACUUGGUUUGUGUAGGUCAUUGAGUUUGAAGGGAAACUCUCUUACAGGUCAAGUUCCAGCUUGGAUUGGUGAGUUGAGAAGCCUUGGGAUGUUAGAUUUAUCUUGUAAUAACUUUUCUGGUGGAAUUCCUGGUUCAUUAGGAAAUCUAAAGCUACUUGAGAAGUUGAAUUUGUCAGUGAAUGAAUUCACUGGGAGCUUGCCAGAGUCACUGACAAAUUGCUUCAACCUUUUAGCUCUAGAUGUUAGCCGAAAUCAGUUGGUAGGUAAACUUCCUUCAUGGAUUUUGAAGCUUGGUGUAGGACAUGGAAAGCUCGAGUACAAUCCAUUGAAACCAAUUGCUGCCUCUCAUGGAGGUCUUCAGGUGUUGGAUUUGUCUUCCAAUGCAUUUUCCGAUGUGCUUCCAUCUGAUAUCGGGGUUCUUAGUAGUUUGCAGUUCUUGAAUGUGUCACGGAACCAGCUUCUUGGUUCUAUUCCUGCAAGUAUAGGUAAUUUGAAGACAGCAUAUGUUCUGGACUUGAGCGACAAUAGGCUGAAUGGAAGCAUUCCUUCUGAAAUUGGAGGAGCAGUCUCACUCAAGGAGCUAAGGCUGCAUAAGAACUUUCUAACUGGGAAGUUACCAUCUCAGAUUGAGAAGUGCUCAUCUCUAUCAUCUCUGUUGCUAUCCCAGAACAAUCUUUCUGGCCCUGUUCCUGUAGCCAUUGCAAACCUUACCAAUCUUCAAUACGUCGACUUGUCUUUAAACCAGUUCUCUGGAAGCUUGCCUAAAGAGUUGACUAAUCUUUCCCACCUCCUCUACUUCAAUGUCUCCUACAAUCACCUUCAGGGUGAGUUACCAGUGGGGGGCUUCUUCAAUACAAUCUCACCCUCAUCUAUCUCAGGCAAUCCGUCCCUAUGUGGUUCUGUUCUUAAUCUUUCAUGCCCUGCUGUUCACCCCAAACCCAUUGUCCUAAACCCAAAUUCUAAUAGCACUGGUGGUGGCUCUUCCUCUCUAACUCAUGGUCACAAGAAUGUAUUCAGCAUAUCUGCCCUCAUUGCCAUAGGUGCUGCUGCAUUCAUUGCAAUUGGUGUUAUAGCUAUUACUGUCCUCAAUAUGCAUGUGCGGUCUUCAAUGACACAUUCUGCUCCUCUUCCGCUACCUGGUGGGGAAGAUUUCAGCUGUUCCCCGAGUACUGAUUCAAAGUAUGGCAAGCUUGUUAUGUUUUCUGGUGAUGCUGACUUUGCUGCUGGGGCACAAGCCUUGCUCAACAAGGACUGUGAGCUUGGUCGUGGUGGCUUUGGAGUCGUGUACAGAACAGUCCUCAGAGAUGGGCGUUCAGUUGCAAUAAAAAAGUUAACAGUCUCAAGUUUGAUCAAGUCCCAGGAAGAUUUUGAGAGGGAAGUAAAAGGACUUGGAAAGAUAAGGCACCAUAAUCUUGUGACACUUGAAGGGUAUUACUGGACUCCUUCCUUGCAGCUGCUCAUAUAUGAAUACAUACCAUGUGGAAGUCUGUACAAGAAUCUGCAUGACGGACCUGACCAGAGUGGUCUCUCUUGGCGACAGAGGUUCAACAUAAUUCUUGGGAUGGCAAAGGGUUUGGCUCAUCUGCAUCAAAUGAACUUGAUCCACUACAACUUGAAAUCAACUAAUAUUUUGAUAGACAGCUCUGGUGAACCGAAAGUAGGAGACUCUGGUUUGGCAAGGUUGUUGCCAAUGGUAGACCGGUGCAUCUUGAGCAGCAAAAUCCAAAGUGCACUUGGGUACAUGGCCCCUGAGUUCGCUUGUCAAACGGUCAAGAUUACUGAGAAAUGUGAUGUGUAUGGGUUUGGGGUCUUGGUUUUGGAGGUGGUGACUGGAAAGCGGCCUGUGGAAUAUAUGGAAGAUGAUGUGGUGAUUCUCUGUGACAUGGUGAGGGGGGAACUUGAGGAAGGCAGGGUGGAAGAAUGUCUUGACAGAAAACUUUUGGGUAAUUAUCCAGCAGAGGAGGCCAUUCCAGUGAUCAAGCUUGGUUUGAUAUGUGCUUCACAAGUUCCAUCAAAUCGUCCCGAUAUGAGUGAAGUAGUCAACAUUUUAGAACUCAUCCAAUGCCCUUCAGAAGGCCAUGAAGAUUAGAUUAAACUCAAUAUACAGAUGCAGAAAGCGACAUAAUGUUCUGGUGAAGAUCAAUCCGGUUUUUUUCAAGUAAAAGAAAAAAAGAAUGUUGGAGGAUUUUUCUCCAUUUCUUUUCAGUCAUUUUCUUUACUAUAUUGUAUUCCUUCUUUUGUACUUCUUUAUCAAUCGAGUUCUAUAGCACUUGUAUGGUUCCGGAUUGCUUUUCACCGGUUUGAAAUGGGAC